AUGACAGACGCUUUACAAGGUCUUAACCUUGUGACUUUAUUGAAAAGGCUUGAUGCUGCUACCACCCGUUUGGAAGAUAUUACCAUCUUUCAGGAGAGUAUCAUUCAAAGAGAACAACCAUUUCCAUCUGAAAUUCUGAAUAACUCUGAAUCCCAAUCGGUUCAGCAAGGAAGCUCUCGACUUGAUAGUUCUGCCUCUGACUUUACGGAAACUAAGAUCGAAGCAGAGAAACCAUCAAUUACAGCCUACGAGAAAUUAUAUAAUGACCAUGUGGCCCCAUUCUUAGCUUUAUCAAAGGAGCUUGAUGAAACAUUAGGUAAACAGGUCCAGUUUUUUGCCAAUGCUUUCCAGGAGCAGUUGAAACUUCUUAAAGCAGUUGUUAGAUCUCGUAAGGUGGAGAUAACUGAUAGCACUUUUUUGGAAGCUGUCAAGCCAACUAAUACUUUGCUCCGAGAAGUAUUCGCCAUAAAGGAUGACAACCGUCGCUCUGAAUUCUUUGAUAAUCUUAAUUCCGUUGCUGAGGGAGCUCCUGUUUUAGGAUGGCUGUAUGUCAAUACUCCGGUAUCGUAUAUUCCAGAAUAUAAAGAUGCAGCUUCCUUCUGGACUAACAAGGUUUUGAAGAAAUUUCGUGACACAGACAGUCGCCAAGUAGAAUGGGUCAAACAAUUUCUGGGUAUUUUUGAUGCUUUGAGAGAUUAUGCUAAAGAGUACCACACAACUGGUGCCUCAUGGGAUGCUAACGGAACUGAGUUCAAGGAAGCUUUGAAAAGUUCUGGAUCACCCACAAAUGCUCCCUUAGCUAGUGCUUCUGCUCCUGUUGCUGGAGGUCCCCCGCCACCCCCUCCACCUCCUCCUGCUGAUGUUUUUCAGACUGAUGAUUCGAAAGGGAAGAAACCACAAGGAAUGGGAGCCGUGUUUGCUGACUUAAACAAAGGAGAAGCUAUUACAUCAGGUCUGCGUAAAGUAGACAAAUCAGAAAUGGUUCAUAAGAAUCCUGAACUGCGCCAAUCUAAUGUUGUUCCAGCUAAUAAGGAAAAACCAGGAAAGCCUCAACCUCCAAAGAAACCGUCUGGUUUGUCUACAAAGAAACCUGCGCGUAAGGAAUUGCAAGACAACAAAUGGCUGGUCGAAAAUUACGAUGGUGAACAAGAGAUUGUCAUUGAAGGAGAGAUGCAGCAGAGUGUAUUCAUCAGCAAGUGUGACAACUCGACAAUCACAAUUCGUGGCAAAGUUGCUGCUGUCUCAUUGACUCAAUGCUCCAAGGUUGGUCUAGUAGUAGACUCCUUGGUGUCUGGAAUUGAUGUUAUCAAAAGUCGUGGAUUCGGCGUUCAGGUACUAGGGAAUGUCCCCACCAUCACCAUUGACCAAUCUGAUAACGGUCAAAUAUAUUUGGGAGCAGAAAGCCUGGGAACCGAGAUUUACGCAUCAUCUACCACAUCGUUGAACAUAAAUGUCCCAGAUGAAGACGGAGAUUUCCGAGAGAUGGCAGCCCCUGAACAGUUCAAACAUACGGUGGCUGGAGGCAAUCUACAAACCACAGUUGUAGAGCACGUCGGUUAG